AUAGCAUUCCUUUUUGCGUCAACACCAUUGUGGAGUAAACAUGUCUCUGGCACUUGUUUUUCCAGCUCUCCUAAUAAUUGUCGCGAGGGCCGUCGGUGGCGAGAACUGUGGAAAUGAAAAUGCUCCCUACUAUGUCUCACUGGAGUGCGCCAUCCUUGGAGGGGAGAGCAGGAUCAGGCGACAAGACGAUCCACCUCCAAGUAGACACAUCGAUCAGGAUAGCUCUAAAGAUUGCCUGGUUUCCGUCGGACUGGAACUGCGCAUAACGUGUCGCGCGCCUAGUGAAGAUUGGGAUAGUGCUGCGGCCAACGAGCUGGUACUGUUUAGAGACGGGCAGAACCUCAGCAGCCACACGGUGUCUUGGUCCUUCGCUACGUCCCUCGAGAGUGGUUUGUACGACUGCAGAUGGAAAAGCAAUGGAACUUCCUCUGCUAACCGCUCCGUCCUGGUAGGAAAGACAGUGUACGUCAUACCUGGUGCCGACUCCGACAAUGAAGGCGACUUGUUUGCCCAGGAUUGCCGACCAAUAGUCGGUGACUUUAGUUGCAGCGUGGCCAAGAGCUUAGUGAAGACUUGGAGGGUUCAAGAGGAUAAGAGCACUGCUCACGACAUCUCAUUCAAUGUACUGGGAGCUCGCCCUGUGUCUCUCAGUCUGGAUAUCCAAUGGGUCAAUCACUAUCCUGUCGACAUUGACCCAUCCCUCAGCAGUGACUCAGCCUUUAACAAUACCAUUUCACAUACUGCUCACGUUGACUUCUAUAACCUGGUCUUAGUAGGAGAGUCUUCAAGUCCUGUAACUGCAGAAGCUUACCUGGUUUUAUCUGGAAACACUUCAGAUCGCACCUCCACCCUAUGUGUGUCAAUCAAUUUUUAUGGAGUUCCUGCCCUGUUGCCUAAUGACAGUCUUCCAGCAGAUGUGUCAGUGGUUGAAGGCCAUCAGGCUGACUUCCACUGCAGCGCCAAAACAACUAAAGACAAAACGUUCACUGUUGCCUUUCUAGUCAAAGUUCCACCCUACAGCCUUACCGAAUGUACAAAUUACACCUUUUCUACAAACGCAUCUUUGCUGCCACUAUCUCUGAGUGGAAAUGGAAGUUGCUCUGGUCUUGAUAUCAUCCCGACUUUUCUGUAUGGUACACAUUACUUGAGAGCUACAUGGCCCAGUGUCAACUUUUCCAUGUCUGGAGCAGAGGUGAUCUGUGCUCAGGCCUCUAGUGGUGUCACUCAGUGGGCCAGAACAGCCACACUCACUGUCUUACCAGCCUCUAUUGUGCCACCAUACUCUCCUACUCAUCCAGACCUCAGUGUUUUGGCUGUACUUACUCUCCCCCUCAUAGUAUUAGUGGUGGUGUUAGCCAUCCUACUCUGGUGGAAAUGGAGACGGUUUUCAAUGACAAAGUUCGGUUAUCAGUUACAACGCGAACAAACUCCUCAAGCCGUUCCUUCCAGUACCUGCAGUACUCCAACUACUGCCACGCCACAGUUUCCCCUGCUAGCCUCACAUCCCUAUGUGACCCAGCACAAGCUCCUGCACGCAGCCAAUGAGGAUUCUGAGAGUUCAAAUUGUGAAGUGGAGGAUAUUGCGAUGAUUAAUUUCAGUAACCGUCACACUAGCAGCAGUGCUACUGAGCUCUUCUACCCAUCCUCGUAUGAAGUGUGUGUCUAUGUGAGCUACUCUAAUUCCCAGGCAGACUGGGUGCAGGGAACACUGCUCCCUCUGCUUCACUCCUACCAACCAAUCAGAGUCACCGACCACGAAGCUCACAUGAUCCCAGGGGGUGUGGUCUCUGAGGAGAGACUCCGCCUACUGCAGUCGGCUGAUAAAGUGGUGGCCGUCAUAGCCCUAGACUACCAGCUGACUGAGUGGUGCAACUAUGAGCUCCAGCACGUGCUACAGCAGUCGUCAACAGGAGGGGCAGGACUACUUAUCCCCAUUCUGUGUGGUGGGUGCAGAGAACUCCCGUCCACCAUCUCAACCCUCCAUCCCCUCUCUCUGGAGGACCCCAACUGGACACACAAACUCAGGAUUGCACUCCGCAGACAACACCCACACUCUCUAUUGUGAUUAUUAUGUAUGGAUGAUUAUUGGGUGCAGUUAGUUACACCAUCACUCCGUCCAAAGUUUUAUUAUUGCAU